GGGAGGCGCCGGGGCGGGGCCCGCUCACCAUGGCAUUCCCGUAGCGGCGGCGGCGGCGGGGUCCCUCUUCCCCCCCCCCCCCCGACCUUCCUUCGCGUCGUCGGGACCGGGUGGCGCGGCCAUGGCCCGGGGCCAGGCGGCCGCGGCCACGGCUGUGAGCGGCGGGAGGCGGGCGCUGCUGCUGCUGCUGCGGCAGUGCGGUGCGGACGGCGCCCUCCCGCCCGCCGCCGCCGCCCGUGACGGCCGCGCGCCCCCCCGCCCCGCGCGCCGCUGCCUCGGCGACUGGCAGCGCCCGGCGGGCCCCGGGGCGGCCGUUACGGCCGUUACGGCGGUUGGCGGCGGGGGCGGGAGCGGCAGGGAGAGGCGCCGGCAGCGCGGCGGGCAGCGCGAUAUAAGCAUCUCUGCUUCAUCACUUCUACAAAGCAAAGGGAAUAUUUCCUUAUUGGGAAAUAGGAGGCUUUUUUUUGACACUCAUGCGCUGGUAUGCCUCUUGGAAGAAAAUGGGUUCACUACUCAGCAGUCGGAGGUCAUUGUAUCUGCAUUAGUGAAAAUUAUGGACACCAACCUGGAUAUGAUUUACAAGGACAUGGUCACCAAAGUACAGCAGGAAAUUGCACUUCAGCAAGUAAUGUCCCAUAUUGGUGGUGUGAAAAAGGACAUGAUUAUUUUGGAAAAAAGUGAAUUUUCAGCGCUUCGUUCAGAAAAUGAGAAAAUAAAACUUGAACUCCAGCAGAUAAAGAAGCAAGUCAUGGAUGAAAUUAACAAAGUUCGUGCCGAUAACAAGUUAAACCUAAACCUAGAGAAAAGCAGAGUAAAAGAAUUGUACUCACUUAACGAAAGAAAACUACUUGAAAUGAGGACAGAAAUAGUGGAAUUGCAUGCACAACAAGAUCGAGCUCUGACCCAAACAGACAGAAAAAUAGACACAGAAGUUGCAGAUCUGAAAACAAUGCUGGAAUCGCACAAACUUGAUAAUAUUAAAUACUUAGCAGGUUCAGUAUUUACAUGCCUUACUGUAGCCCUGGGAUUUUAUCGUUUAUGGAUAUAAUAAACCCUCAAUUUAAAGGGACUCCUACUGUCUUGGUUUCUGAACAAAAAGUUUUCUUUUUGCCUGGACUUUAACCAGGCCAUGACUGUUUUAUUUAUUGUUUGUUUCCUAAAGCAGACUGUCUUGAGAAUGUAACCAAAGAUGUGCCUAGAAAAAAAAAAAAUGUACACAUGUGCAUAUUUUGAAACUUACCUCUGAUGAAAACAUGGUAUCUGCAUUUCUGCCAUUUCUCUCCAUUCUGAACUGCAGUGCACCUUGCUGCUACUCAGUGUCAUAGAAGCAAAGACUGACAUUUGUACCAAUCCCAUGGAGCUGCAUGCUGUAGAGGAGAAUCUAUGGAGUAAUGUGUCAUUGACUAUUCAGACAUGCUUGCUGGAGUCAGUUGCGUGUAUCAGAUUAAAGUCUUGAUCAUUCAUGUAAAACUGAAAAUACAUGUUUUUGGCUUGGAGGCACUCUUGUAUAAGUGGAAUGUGUGUUAACUGAAUCAUGCUUACUUCCCUCCUUUUAGCAGUUGUUCAUGCAGUUACUAUGAUCAUAUAUUUGUUCAGCUAUUUUUGUAACACUGUAGUUAUCAGCUUGUUUUCCAGAUGGCCGUCCAGUCAGUUAUGUUUCAUGUGUAAUGAUAGCAGCCUUUGCUGCUAGUAUUAUUUGUAAUAUAUUUGUAAAGGUUUUUGUGACUAACUUGCCUUUGGUACAUGUUAGUAUCUAAUACUCAUUCCAUAUGCUAAUUGUUAGCUUUACCACUAUAACUGGAAGUUUCAAAUGCAGCAAAAUACACUAGUUGUUUUAAUUGAUGGUUAAGUGAUACAAAGUGUCUCUGGUGCUGCCUUCUUCAUGGAAGGCAGUUGAUUCUUCUAGAAAGGAAAGUAAUUUUAAAUGGUAAUUAUGAAGCAGGGUUUUAGGCAAGGGAACUGCAGUACCAACAGUCUUCGGGGGGUUUUUUGUUGUUUUACUUUAAAAAAAUAAAUAAAUUCCUGUUGGUUCUUCAAAUGUGGAACUUCUAUAAAGUGAUUCUAAUAAUGAAAACAAUAAUGGAAACCUGCAAAAAUGUUUAAUCCAUGUUCUGUGCAAGCCCAUCUGAACUUGUAAGUACAGCUGAAAGCAAUGAAGGAAGGUAUCCAGAUGUCUACAUUCUUCUACUGAUGAAAUGACUGCUUCAGUAGCAGAACUGCCAUCUGCAUUCCUUCACUUAAGGGAGAUUUUGCUUUCUUGCUUGAUCUUGGGAGGCAAGAACAAUCUAUGCACUGGUAAUAAAUGCUGUUAGAGCACAAUCACAGCUUUGCUUAAUGGAAGUAAAGCUGUUUGGCUACUCUGUGCCUGUACUGUAAUAACCAUUUGAGUUGGUGGUUGGGAGUGCCAACUUCUAUCGGGUGUGUGUGUGGAUGAACAAAUGGAUGCCUGUAACAAUAUGAUACUGGCCUGAAAUAAAGAAUUUUGAAUAUUUCUUAGAA